CCAAUAACCCCUAAAUAUAAUUUAACCGUAAUUUUUCCAAACUCAUCUUAAAAUAUCAUUUUACAUUUUGUUUCAUAAUAGACAAAAAUAUAAAUUAAUUAAUUGACAAAUAGAACCAUCACUUACAAAACUAUUAACUUAUCUCCCUUUGUUUUCUUUUUUUUUUUUUGGUAAGUGUCUCCUCACCUAUUUAAGAUUAAAGAGUACUAUCCCGUCCGGUUACAAAACUGAAACGGGGGGAUUCUCAAUCCUCACUCCUUACACGAACAACACUCACCACAACUCAGAAGCUAGCUAUAAUAAUGACACUUGAGGGGAAGCAGAGUGAGGGGGCAGGUGGGUCACUCGCUGCUCCACUCCUAGAGGAUCAAAACCCAAUCUCCGAGGGCGGCGCGUCGUUCUCAGGCGCAGUAUUCAACAUCUCAACAACCAUGAUCGGAGCCGGAAUCAUGUCGAUUCCGGCCACCAUAAAGGUUCUUGGGAUAGUCCCUGGUUUGGUAGUCAUUCUAUUGGUUGCGCUCUCGGUCGAUAUCACUGCAGAGUUUAUGUUAAGGUACACAAGCUCAGGCAAUUCUCAAACCUACGCCGGCUUGUUGGCCGAGUCAUUUGGGCGCUUGGGUUCGGUCUCAGUUCAAAUUUGUGUCAUUCUCACCAAUCUUGGCUGCCUUAUCAUUUAUUUGAUCAUAAUAGGUGAUGUUCUAUGUGGGAGUGAAUCUGGAGGAAAGUUGCACCUGGGCAUUCUACAAGAAUGGUUCGGCAUACAUUGGUGGAACACUCGUGCUUAUGCACUUCUUUUUGUUGCCCUCUUCCUCAUUUUACCACUGGUUAUGCUACCACGAGUAGAUUCACUCAGGCACAGUUCAGCGAUAUCGAUUCUUUUAGCUGUGGCUUUUGUUCUCAUAACCUCUGCCAUGGCGAUUAACGCAGUAUUCCAAGGCAAAAGUCACAAAAUGAGAUUGUUUCCGGACUUUGCUAAUCAAAUUUCAAUGUUUGACCUCUUUACUACAGUCCCAGUACUCGUAACAGGCUUCGGAUUUCAUGUGAAUGUUCAUCCAAUUAGAGCAGAGCUGAGUAAACGUUCUGAUAUGAGAUCAGCGAUUCGAAUCUCUUUGUUGAUUGGUGUCAUCAUUUACUUCGCGAUCGGGUUCUUCGGGUACCUUCUGUUUGGGGACUCAAUCAUGGCAGACAUCUUGGUCAACUUCGACCAGAAUUCUGAUACCCCAAUUGGGCAAUUGCUAAACGAUGUCGUUCGGUUGAGCUAUGCGAUUCACCUCUUGCUGGUGUUUCCCAUUAUGAAUUUCAGCUUGAGGGUCAAUAUAGACGAACUACUCUUCCCAAAUAAGCUGAAUUUAGCAUCGGACACACCCAGAUUCGUGUCUUUGACACUGAUUUUGCUCUCUCUUACGUACACAGUGGCCAUAGCUAUACCAAAUAUAUGGUAUUUUUUCCAGUUCAUGGGAUCAACCACUGUUGUUUUCACCUCAUUCAUUUUCCCUGGUGCUAUAAUUUUAAGGGAUGUGCCUGGAAUAUCAACAAGAAGGGAUAAAAUUGUAGCCAUUCUCGUAAUUUUAUUGGCAAUUAUGACUAGUACGAUUGCAAUAUCUACUAAUCUGUUCAGUUCAUCAAAGAACUGAAUCCCAUUGAUUGUUCAUACCCCACUGUGGGAAUUUAUUCGCAUGCAUAUUUCCUAGGCAGAUUUUACAGCCUGGACUUGCGGUUUUAGAGGGAAAAAAAUCUGCUUGAAAGUGUAAUGUGUUAUUAUAUUUUAGACUUAGUAAUACCACCUUUACAUUACAGCUCAUGAUAAGAAUACCUGAAUUCUAAAGGUGGCAAUUCGUAUUAAUGGAUUGUAUUCGUGUAGUUUUGACACAUAUUUACAAGCAAAUUUCAAAUUCAAA